UCUCGUAGCGUCGGAGGCGGACGUGAGGCGGUGCUGAGAACUAUUCCGAGUGAGAGCUGCAGAACUCAAAUGAACCUUCCAUUCCGAGCCGUCUUCAGUGCGCGCAGUGUCGCCCGGGAAAAGCCUCCUCUCCGCUUCAGCUCGACGCCACUUCGGGCGAAUGAAGCAUUCCGUCCAUGCGGAGACUAGCUCUGGUUCUUCUGCCCUGUGCUCUCGCCGUACUGGUGCACUUGUGGUUGGCUCAGAAACGGUGCUCCACGCCGCUGGAAGACGACGACAAACACUCGGAUGGGGCGGUACCGUCCUAUGAAGUUCUGGUGGGAGUUUUAUCAGCCAGGCAGCAUUCGAAACUGCGACAAGCCAUAAGGGACACCUGGCUGGGCUAUUUGCACCAGCACCCUCACUUCAAGCAGAGAGUGGGGGUGAAGUUUAUCGUGGGUAAACAUGGGUGUCCCAUCCCAGAGGAGGACAGAGAAGAUCCUUACUCCUGCUCACUACUCAACAUCACCGAGCCAGAGGCAGGCCAGGAUGCAGAGAGAGAAAUCGUGAUGGUGUCCGACCCCAUGGCGCUGGUCCCCUCUGAUGUGUCCGCUGUCGCCCUGGAUUUUAAGGUGCUCCACCCGGUGGUGAUCACCAGGCUGGGGGUGUUUCCCCGAAGCGCUCAGCCUGAACUGAAGAGCAAUGUGACUGUAAAGCUCCUGCAGCUAGAUCAGGAGGAGGCGAUAGUAACUGCUCGCUUCAGCGCCAUCAGCACAGGGACCCUCGUAAGCGGAAUAUGGUACAAACCCGUGGAGCAGUUCAUCUUGCCCAAGGGUUUUGAGGGGACGCUAGUGUGGGAGAGUUCCGACUUAGACGUACUGACCACAGUCAACUCAUCAUGUGUGCAGCUGAAUGAUGGGGGAGGCGUACUUAAGUUCUCGUCUAUUGCAGAAGGCAUACUGCCCCACAGAAGUGCUCUUGGAUUUCCUGGUUUGGCUGGAGGUUUCACCUUUACCAUUUACGACAGGAACGGUCUGUGUGAGCACCUGUGGGGCCGUCCAGCCAGGAUGGAGCGCUACGCCUCGGGGCUGAGGCAGGAGGAUGCCGCUUUGAAGCAAGAGAGCCUUAGGCACGGCGACAUGGUCUUCGUAGAUGUGGUGGACACCUACAGGAACGUGCCUUCCAAACUGCUUCAGUUCUACAAAUGGUCUGUGGCAAAUAUUGACUUCAGUCUGCUCCUGAAGACUGAUGAUGAUUGCUACAUCGACGUGGACUCCGUUUUAAUGAAGAUCGAGCACAAGGGUCUCAAACGUAGCCAUUUCUGGUGGGGGAAUUUCAGACAGAGCUGGGCAGUGGAUCGCAUUGGAAAGUGGCAAGAGCUCGAAUACGCCAGUCCCGCCUACCCGGCCUUUGCGUGCGGAUCUGGCUACGUGGUGUCACGUGACCUGGUGCAGUGGCUCGCCACUAACGCGCAGAGUCUUAAGGCCUACCAGGGAGAAGACGUGAGCAUGGGCAUAUGGAUGGCAGCUGUUGGACCACAGAAGUAUCAGGACCCCAGCUGGCUCUGUGAGAAAGAAUGCUACCUGGACAUGCUGUCGUCCCCCCAGCACACAGCGGAGGAGCUGCGUGCCAUGUGGGACAGGAAGAGGACGUGCGGUGACCCCUGUGGAUGUCCCUGGGGACAGUAAGGUUUGGAAUCGCACGCCACGUGCAGCACUGCGUACUUGUGACAUUCAGGCUUCUGCGCUUUUCUCCAUACCUCAAAUUGUGAUUUCGUUGUUUCCAAGUUCACACUGUGUUGCCAUGAGGUGUUUUGAUCAUUUCUGAUACUUGGCACAAACUUUUUAAAAAGGAAAAGAUGAUAUUGCUGUUCUUUGCCCUCCCCGCCCAUCAUUACUGUCCUGCCACCCGGUUGUCGUCGUGCAAGAUAGUGACGUUGCCUUAUUGUAUUUGUAACAGCAGCAUAGAUUCUACGUGGACAAAUCGUUGUACAAUUUGCGAGGCAAACUUUUGAAACUUGACUCCUUUGCAGGACAUAAAGAAAAUGUCAAAAGAGAUGAAAAUGUUUCUUGUGUAUUUUGAGGCCGAAGAUGCACAUUUAUAUUCUUGUUGGAUCCACAUUCACCUGGUAUCAUUUUAUUUGCGUUCCAGCUCAACAACUGUGAAGGUCCACCGUUAGCAGAUGCGCCAUUUUGCAACCAAAGUCCAUUUUUAUAUCUAAAAAGGAAUAGGAAAUCACUCUGAAGCAGCGUGCUGGUUGUUUUCCUAAGACAUCAAUCGUGAACCUGUGGAAUAUUUUGGGCGCGGAACAAUUUACACUUUGUUUCAAAUCUGGUUGACAGUGACAGUGAAUUUCUAUGUUUUUUUUUUCUUUCUUCACCUCCACAGAUUUAGAAGAAAAAACUAAUGUGACUGAAGUGUAGACUUUCGGCUUGAAGAGGUUUCACAAAAACGUGGCAUUUUGCAGUAGCGGCUAUUUUAUGCAAAUCCCAUCUAUCUUUAGGGGUUGCCGACUCUAGUUUCUCGUUUGCGGGUCUUGUUACCUUCACCCUUUUCUUCCGUUAAGUGAAAAGCACACUAGUUGAAUACUCCAAUUAUUUUCAUUGUUAUUUUUUUUUCUACUAAGAGAAAUGUAUUGGACCAUCACCCUUGGCCUUCAGAAGGAAAAACAACUUUUAAAGAUCGCAACACACUGGAUAAGUGAGGCUUAUCGUUGUUCAAAUCUAUAAUCAAGAGACACCUUCAAAUGUAAUGUCGGAGGGUUAAUAGGUGGUUUAUAAGGCGCAGCCCCCCCACCCCC